AUGAUCCUGGGAUUAGAACUGGGCGGUGAUGGGCUGUGCCCCUUCGAUCCCCCCCUUUCCUCCAAGUUUCCUCCGAUACAGUCUCAAGGAGACGACGGCGGCGGCGUGGCGGUGGUGGGGGGGGGCUGUCUCGACACCCCAGAGUUCUACUACAUCCAAAUGGAGAAGUACGCACGUGUAGCCAUUUCCGAAGGCAUUCGUAGCCCCAAUGACAUCACCGUAACCGCCAACUCGGAGCUCUAUCGCACACUAGCACUGCAUUAUAAUCGAAAUCAGCAAAUUGAGAUCCCAGAAUACUUCCGCGUUGUGGUUGAGACUACAAUGCGAGAGUUCUUCGUGGCUCUCUCAACCGGGAAGGACUCGGAACAGUCGUGGAAGAAGCCCAUUUACAAGAUUAUCGCCAGGAUGGACCAGCCUGUUCCAGAGUACUUCAAAGAUCCAAAUUGGAUGGCGCAGCUUGCUGACGGUUGA